AACUUUGAUAGACUGUUCAAUCACUAAGAUGAGUAGCAAGAAAUCGGGCUUUAAAGCCCGAUUUUUUGCAGCCCUUAGAAACUUUCACAAAAAGCUGAAGGCUACAUUCACUUUAUCUACACGGAAAAAAUCGGAGAAAAAAAGUGAUGACCAGAAGGAGAAGAUGGACACACCUAGAAAGAGAGAGCGAGAGGAAAGCUCUGAGGGACACGGCAUCUCCAUAAAGAAGAGCAGAACCUACUUUGCUGCCCCCAGCCCAACACAAACGGAACCAACCAUGGCGAUGCCCGAGCUGCAAGAGAUUGCCCAGGCGAGCCCAUUGGUUGAACCGUGUUUGGAACUGGAGAAAAAAGAGGUUUCUGUCCCAAAGGAAGGAUUGAAGCGCCCAAGAACAGAAGAGGAUAAUGAAGAAAUACAUAUUAAACGACUCAAAUGUGCAGUACCCAGUGCUGAGGGUAUAGAAACCCCCCAACCAGGACCGAGUUCAGAAGUCGAACUUCCGAUCCCUGUUGACCGGACGUUAUGCCUCGGCAGAUUCACUUUCCAUAAAGUACUUGGAAAAGGAUCAUUUGGAAAGGUCCUCCUGGCACGAGACCUUCUCAAUGAACAGUGGGUAGCAGUGAAACAAAUCAAGAAGAGGCCACUGUUGAACCACACGGGCAGCGCCAAAAUUGAGAAGAAGAUACUGGAAUUAGCCCAGGACUGUGUGUUCCUCACUCGAGCGUUUGGUUCUUUUCAGACUGAGGACAGCAUUUACUUUGUGAUGGAAUAUGCAGCCGGAGGGAGCUUAUUCGAUCUCUGCGUUAAUGGGAACUCCAUGGAUAUCGAGCAGAUCAGGUUCAUAGCGGCAGAAGUUAUCUGCGGCCUGAAUUUCCUGCAUUCUCGGCUGAUUAUCCAUCGGGACCUGAAACUGGGAAAUAUUCUGCUUGAUGGCAGCGGUCACAUCAAAAUAGCAGAUUUCGGCCUCGCUGUACAGACUCGCUAUGGAUUGGCCAAAGGCCGAGCGGGAACAAGGGGGUACAAGGCUCCUGAGUUAACCCGCCGGGAGGUGUACGAUUGCUCUGCGGAUUAUUACUCACUCGGAGUAAUGCUGUUUUAUUUGGCCACUGAGCUGACAUCCAUAUACAUAGAAGAUCCAAGGGCGAAAGUAGGUAUAGACGGCCUGGAUUCUGACCUCAGGGACAUUAUCCAGAAGCUAACCUGUGACAAUCGUGUCGCAAGGAGGAACUUUGUCGUCACCAUAAAGGAUCAUCCGUUCUUUGCGUCCAUUAAUUGGGACGCCCUGGAGGCAAGAGAAAUAGAUUCUCCCUUGAUACUACCUCCAGCAAAGGACAUACCAGACGCGGUGCCGCACAAGACGCUGAUCAGCUCCGACAAAGACAAGACUCCAUUCACGUCCGAUCAACAAGCUCACUUUAAAGGAUUAUCCUUUGUAUGUAAAGAAUGGGGAGACACGGGAUCAUCAGAUCCAGAUUCCCAUUCUGCACAAGGGAAGACAUAAGGAGGCAGCUGUAGAGCGGUAGGAGGGAGCCGGCACAGGCCGCAGCUAUAGAGCGGUAGGAGGGGGCCGGCACAGGCCGCAGCUGUAGAACGGUAGGAGGGAGCCGGCACAGGCCACAGCUGUAGAGCGGUAGGAGGGAGCCGGCACAGGCCGCAGCUGUAGAACGGUAGGAGGGAGCCGGCACAGGCCACAGCUGUAGAACGGUAGGAGGGAGCCGGCACAGGCCACAGCUGUAGAGCGGUAGGAGGGAGCCGGCACAGGCCACAGCUGUAGAGCGGUAGGAGGGAGUCGGCACAGGCCACAGCUGUAGAACGGUAGGAGGGAGCCGCACAGGCCACAGCUGUAGAACGGUAGGAGGGAGCCGGCACAGGCCACAGCUGUAGAACGGUAGGAGGGAGCCGGCACAGGCCACAGCUGUAGAACGGUAGGAGGGAGCCGGCACAGGCCACAGCUGUAGAGCGGUAGGAGGGAGCCGGCACAGGCCACAGCUGUAGAGCGGUAGGAGGGAGCCGGCACAGGCCGCAGCUGUAGAGCGGUAGGAGGGAGCCGGCACAGGCCACAGCUGUAGAACGGUAGGAGGGAGCCGGCACAGGCCACAGCUGUAGAACGGUAGGAGGGAGCCGGCACAGGCCACAGCUGUAGAACGGUAGGAGGGAGCCGGCACAGGCCACAGCUGUAGAACGGUAGGAGGGAGCCGGCACAGGCCACAGCUGUAGAACGGUAGGAGGGAGCCGGCACAGGCCACAGCUGUAGAACGGUAGGAGGGAGCCGGCACAGGCCACAGCUGUAGAACGGUAGGAGGGAGCCGGCACAGGCCACAGCUGUAGAACGGUAGGAGGGAGCCGGCACAGGCCACAGCUGUAGAACGGUAGGAGGGAGCCGGCACAGGCCACAGCUGUAGAACGGUAGGAGGGAGCCGGCACAGGCCGCAACUGGGGGGGCCCUAUGGCCGGGUUUUUUCCUGUUUUUUUCCUGGUUUUUCCUGCUCACUAGCAACAGAUAUCAACACCAACGUGUCAACCGAGAAGAAGAUGGAUUUAAGCAAUAAAUGUUAA